CUUUUCUUUCUUCGGCUCAGCUGUUUAUAGUCUUCAACAAUAUCGAUUCUUCAAGAAAGAGAGAAAGAGAGACAGAGAGAGAUAAAGCAAGAGCGAGGGCCAAAAGGGGAUCCGGGAACGUUGAGAAAAAAUGUUCUACAGAGGGAAGUACGUCGAUGGUGGCGAUGGCCGGGAAAUGGGUCCAAAACGGCAGCGGAUACUUGAUCAGCCUACACCAUUUUAUGGGGCUUCUGCGGGUUCGAGUUUCAUGUAUAAUGAUGCUUCUUCUCCUUAUGCUUACGUUGGUCAGCCUCCAUUCCCAGUUGUUCGACUGCGAGGGCUGCCCUUUGAUUGCACAGAAGCUGAUGUGACUGAGUUCUUUCAUGGUCUAGAUAUUGUCGAUAUUCUAUUCGUCCACAAAAAUGGCAGGUUCAGUGGGGAGGCCUUUGUUGUUUUAGGCUACCCCAUUCAAGUUGAUUUUGCAAUUCAGAGGAACAGGCAGAACAUGGGUAGGCGUUACAUUGAAGUUUUCAGGAGUAAGAGACAAGAAUAUUACAAGGCCAUAGCAAAUGAAGUUUCUGAUGCCCGUGGUGGUUCACCCCGCCAGAGUGCUCGGGCAAGAUCCUACGAUGAUGCUGCAAAAGACUCAGCUCAACAUACUGGGGUAUUGCGAUUGAGAGGAUUGCCAUUUUCAGCUGGGAAGGAUGAUAUUAUGGAUUUCUUUAAAGAUUUCAUGCUCUCAGAAGAUUCUAUUCAUAUCACACUCAAUAUGGAUGGGAGGCCCACAGGUGAAGCAUUUGUGGAGUUUGCGAAUCCAGAGGAUUCAAAAGCUGCGAUGGUGAAAGACAGGAUGACCCUCGGGAGUCGUUAUAUAGAGCUAUUCCCUUCAUCAAAUGAGGAGUUGGAUGAAGCAGUUUCAAGGGGACGGUGAUGCAUUCCAGUAACAGUUUUGUAUAUUUGACAAUUUUUGACUUUAUAAGAUUUUUUGUUCUUUCUUUUCCCCACUCUGCUAGUUUUAUUCUAGUUAGAAUUACUAAACCUUUUAUCAGCAGUUUUAGUGGUGAGAUAUUUCACAUUUAAAAGCAGAUACCGGAACUUUUUUCUGCAGGAAGCAUAGAUUAUAUUUAUGUAUUUUGGUU